AUGGCUAUUCAAACGCGAUCUGCGUCCCAAAAGGCCACCAGCAAUGAUAACGUUGAUGUAGCUGCUGAGGAUCACACACAAGCUGAUACACCGCCUCCCAAUCGUGCUGCUCGACGUGCUGCUCAAAAGAAGGAAAACAAGGAAUCCAAAGCAGCCAAGGUUACAAAGACCACUAGAACUACUAGAACAACUACCAGAACGGCUCGCUCUGCACCUUCUGGAAGCAAGUCUUCUAAGGUGAUGAACCCCAAGACUACAAACUACGAAUUCGGUGGUGUUCUAGGUGCUACUGCCAUGAUUACUUUGCUACCUUUGUUGGUCAUCAUGUUUGCUUAUGGCUGCGACCAACAUGGCGGCUAUCAUCCCUUCCAACGAUUCUACAAUUUUGCAACCAACUUUGAUAUCGAAUACCUCAAGCAUGAAAUCACAAAUUGGAGCUAUGGUUCAGCCAUCUUUUAUUUGGGUAUUGUAUUGCAAUUGGUUGUGUACUCGUAUGUUCUUCCUGGCGAGGAGAUUGAGGGUGCUCCUCUUCGUGAUGGCACUCGUCUCAAGUACAAGAUCAAUGGCUGGUUCAUGUUCUUGUGGGUUAGGGCUCAUUUUGCUGACAUUGCAUUGUUCUCCAUCUUUGUUUCCUUCUUUGUUUCCAUCUGGGUCUAUCUCCGUAGUUUUGUAGGCGACAAGAUUCUUGCGCUCGGUGGUAACACAGGCAAUUUCAUUUACGAUUUUAUGAUCGGUCGUGAAUUGAACCCUCGCAUUGGAAAGUUUGACAUCAAGUUCUUUACAGAGUUGAGACCGGGAUUGAUCAUGUGGUUGUGUCUGAACAUUUGCUUUGGUAUUUGUCAAUGGGUUGAGUUGGGAAGAGUGACCUACUCUAUGAUCCUUGUUAUCGUGUUCCAGGCUUGGUACAUUAUUGAUGCAUUGAUCAACGAGUCCUCCAUUUUGACCACUAUGGACAUCACUACGGAUGGGUUUGGUUUUAUGCUAGCAUUCGGUAAUCUCUGCUGGGUGCCCAUGAUGUACAGUCUGCAAGCUCGUUACCUUGCAGACAAUCCAGUCGAUUUAAGCGUUCCUCAUUUGGUUGCUAUUGUCGCUCUUCAGCUUUUGGGUUACUACAUUUUCAGAUCUGCCAAUUCUCAAAAGGAUGCUUUCCGUAGAGAUCCCAAAGAUCCUAAAGUUGCAGAUCUCGAGUAUAUUGAAACCAAAGCAGGCACUCGUUUGAUCACAUCUAGCUGGUGGGGUAAGGCUAGACACAUCAACUAUUUGGGUGAUUGGUUGAUGUCAGUAGCUUGGUGUUUGCCUUGUGGAUUUGGAUCCAUCAUUCCCUACUUUUACUGUAUCUAUUUUGCCAUUCUUUUGGUGCAUCGUGAGCGUCGUGAUGAACACAAAUGUCGUCAAAAGUAUGGCGCUGACUGGGAACGCUAUUGUUCCAUUGUUAAAUAUCGCAUCAUUCCCGGCAUUUACUAA